AUGGCGCUAGACAUGAACAUACAUGAGUUGUUAGUAAUCGGGGACUCCGAUUUUCUCAUAAAUCAAGUGAAAGGAAAUUGGGCAACCAAAAAUGAUAAGAUACUCCCAUAUAUGAAUCUGGUACAAAGGUUGUUCGGGAGAUUCAAGAGUAUUGACUUCAGGCAUACUCUAAGGGCUCAGAAUGAGUUCGCAGGCACAUUGGCCACAAUAGCAUCUAUAAUCCAACACCCAGAGAGCACCCACAUUGGUCUGUUGGAGAUCACACUGAGAGAAGAGCAUGCUCACUGUGCCUACGUAGAGGCCGAGCCAGAUGGCCAACCAUGGUACGCUGACAUUAAGGCCUACCUGGAAAAAGAGGAGUAUCCCCCAGAGAGUUCAGCAAAUAAAAAGAAGACCAUCAGGAGAUUGGCCAAUGGUUUCUUCUUGAACAAGGAAGUACUAUAA